CGCAAUAUGGACCAGACGAUUCAAUCUCGUACGCAUAAACUGACAAGCAGGAAGUUUUUGCGAUGCGACCGACAUCGUUCAUUUCAUUUCGGUCGGUAUUGUGCGACGGCGGCGGUGGUGCGACGUUAACAUUUGCGAAUUAAACUAUUCAAUUUGUUUAUAACGUUUGUAAUAAGGUGUUCGUGUAGGGUGUGUGUGUGCAUAUGUGAUUGACGGGAUUAAUGGAUCUAUUUAUUAAAUAUUAUUUUAAGUGAUGGCGCGCCGCUUUAGACGGUCUGGUGCCGGAUGCAGACAUGUGCGUCUCACGAUCAUUACUCUAAACGAGCACAAGAUUGGCGGGAUUCUAAUUCGAUCCAAUCCAAAGAUCCAUUCCAGGGCGGUGCUGUGCCCUCGACGCGUGAUUAUCAGGAAUUUACAUGACCACCGUUGGCAACAAUUGUCAGAACCAGAGAGGAAAGUUGGGACACCACAAAAAUUAACGCAGAUUAGGGUGUUCAGCAGAGUUGGCCGACUCCACAAAUCAUAACUUGAUAACGUCAUAACUUCUGGUAUGAAGCUUCAAGGCGAAAAGUAGGUGCUUUAUCACAGUUUAACGACAACAAUGCACCCGUGCACUUGUGCCGUUUGUGUUUCAGAAAAUGAUCGAUUUGCGAUUCCAAUUGAUCCCCCCUCCCCUUGUUUGCAAAAUUUGACCUCGGGGAAAGCAAUUCCGGGUAGGGAGCGCGGAGUUGGAGAAACGCUAACUGAAGUGCGGAAUAGGAGACUUAUUAGAGGAACCUCGUAGGCAAGAGAAGAAAAAGUGAAGACAAAUAAGUUUCUGUCACUCUGAGACUAAUCUGGUUGGACAUGACGCUCAGGAGAUAACAUGUAUUACAAUAUCUACACACUUCCGGUCUAGAACCCUUUUUCUUAUGUAUCACCCUUGACACAUUCCCGGAAGUGAAGUGAUUUAAUGAUACAAACAAAAUUAGAAAAUUUCGUUAUUCCGUCUGUAGGUAUUAACGAAGGGAAUUCAACAGGGGGGGAAGUAUUAAUUGAACUUCCUAAAAAGUGCAAUACGAAUGAUAAAAAGGACAUUUACCUUUCCCCGUGGCUGGCUGGCAACGCAUUAUGAUUUACUCAAAAAACGACUUUAGCUAUAAAUUCUAAUUAAAUUUGACCAUAAACGAUAUACGUACAAGACUCGCGCACUGUGUGAACAGCAGCGAGUAAAAUUACAAAACUGUUCGUAGAAGCUUAAUGAGUUUGCAUAGCGUCUGCUAACGCAGCUACCUUAACAAUAUGUACGAACCGCGUAAUUUUAACAGUCACCCUCUUCCUUCUGCUCCCUUUUCUUCUCGAUAUUGACAUCGUGUCAAAUAAAAGUACGUGUAGAAUAACUUUAGAAUAAAGGUAUGCGGCGAUAGAACUCGAGUUGAAAGGACCUAAAUUUGAAUAAUUCCAAAAUGAACUGGCACAAUCACGGUUACUGUCUGUUCGUGCAUGAGAAUUUUAAACACGCAUUAACGACGAGAAAGAUAAGGAUAACUUCAGUAUUUAGUUCCAGUUUUUGUUAGUUUUAGGGUGCCAUUGUGUUAAACUUCCCGAUUUAUGAGGUUAGUUCGAUUUCAUUUUCGUUAUGAAUGGGGUUAGCUUCCUGUAAUUUUUCAUACAUUGCCAGGCCGGUAAGUACUUUCAUUAAAGAUACAAAGCGAACAAAAUACUUAACGUGUUUACUGGUGGGCACACGCUUCAGUGACAAGGUAAUCUAGAAGGCAGCAUUUGAUUAACGCCCUUUGAAAGCUCGCACAACGUUCAAAGUUAAUUUCUGCAAUUAUUUGCAGGUUCCGAACAUACGUUAUUAGGGUUGUUUUCAAAAGUUGUUUCGGCUUAAAUUUACUUGAUCUGUUAAUUAAAAUACCGAAACGCCGCGUCUAUUUGCGGUAUAUUGACUAUGUGAAAAAUACAU